AUGCUUAAUUCUUUAGAGUAUCUAAAAACUCCGAAAAAAGAUAUCUCCCUAUCUGAAGAUGCGCAGCGCGUUUUCGAACAUAUUAAAUCAGCCGAAGUGAUCAUCUUGGCACAUCCAGAUUCAGAUGCUAAUCUUUACCUCGUGAUUGAUGCCUCAGACCGGGCUGUGGGUGGUGCACUCUAUCAGGUUGUUGAUAAAGCUCCUCAGCGUCACGCUUUCUAUUAUCGAAAACUCACUCCAACAAAGUAG